AGCCAAGAGCUGCUGUGACAGGCCAAGGAUUAUCUCUCCCAACUCGAGCAUCUCCAACUGACCUUGGCUCCUGACCUCUGACCCCACCUGCCCCACCACUGCAGCGGUGGGUGCAGAUGCCAGGCUGCCCUGAUCACACAAGCUGUGCAGGGCCUCCCUCCUGAGCCUCUCGUGGUCCAUCAUGGCAAGACGGCUGCAGGAUGAGCUGUCAGCCUUCUUCUUUGAGUACGACACUCCUCGCAUGGUGCUUGUGCGCAACAAGAAGGUGGGAGUCAUCUUCCGGCUGAUCCAGCUGGUGGUUCUGGUCUACGUCAUCGGGUGGGUGUUUGUCUUCGAGAAGGGCUACCAGACCUCCAGUGGCCUCAUCAGUAGUGUGUCUGUGAAGCUCAAGGGUCUAGCUGUGACCCAGCUCCAGGGCCUUGACCGCCAGGUCUGGGACGUGGCUGACUAUGUCUUUCCAGCACAGGGGGACAGCUCCUUCGUGGUCAUGACCAACUUCAUCAUGACCCCCAAGCAGGCUCAAGGUCACUGUGCAGAGAACCCAGAAGGUGGCAUGUGCAAGGAUGAUAGCAGCUGCCCUCCAGGAAAAGCAGAAAGGAAGGCCCAGGGCAUCCGCACAGGCAAGUGUGUGGCCUUCAAUGACACUGUGAAGACAUGUGAGAUCUUUGGCUGGUGCCCUGUGGAGGUAGAUGACAAGAUCCCAAGUCCUGCCCUUCUCCGAGAGGCUGAGAACUUCACCCUCUUCAUCAAGAACAGCAUCAGUUUUCCACGCUUCAAGGUCAACAGGCGCAAUCUGGUGGAGGAGGUAAAUGGCACCUACAUGAAGAAAUGCCUCUAUCACAAGACCCUGCACCCCCUGUGCCCAGUCUUCCACCUUGGUUAUGUAGUGAAAGAGUCAGGACAGAACUUUCACAGCCUUGCUGAGAAGGGUGGGGUGGUUGGCAUCACCAUCGACUGGAACUGCGACCUAGACUGGCAUGUCCGGCACUGCAAACCUGUCUACGAGUUCCAUGGACUGCAUGAGGACAAAACUCUGUCUCCAGGCUUCAACUUCAGGUUUGCCAGGCACUUUGUGCAGAAUGAGACAAAUCACCGUCACCUCUUCAAGGUGUUUGGGAUUCGCUUUGACAUCUUGGUAGAUGGCAAGGCUGGGAAAUUUGACAUCAUCCCUACAAUGACCACCAUUGGCUCCGGGAUUGGCAUCUUUGGGGUGGCUACUGUUUUAUGUGACCUCUUGCUGCUUCAUAUCUUGCCCAAGAGACACUAUUACAAGCAGAAGAAAUUCAAGUAUGCGGAGGAUAUGGAGCCCAGGGAGGGUGAACGUGACCCCGCGGCUACCAGCUCCACUCUGGGCCUGCAGGAGAACAUGAGGACCUCCUGACUGCAGCCCCAGGCCUCUGACUGGACACAGUGCUUCCACUGGGGACUGGCAGCUCCCUGCUAGGGCAGAGGCUGUUGCCAGGGGUUCUCCUGCCCACUCUGCCAGGCAGACACCAGCCUGGCCCCAGCUUAGGGUAGAGAUGAGGCAAGACUGUACAGUUCAGGGCUCUGGCUCCCACUCCAUACCUGUGAGGAAGCCCCACCCCAGACUUAGCUACUCCAGAUCCAGAAAGCCUUUUAGGGUCAGACCCCUCACACACCUGUACCCUACCUUUGUGCUUAUGGCCUGGGCCCUCAUUCUUCAUGCCACUGCCUCAGUUGCCUAGACAUGUGCUCUUCCUUGUGGCCACUACUAGCCACAGGUGACUAAAUUUAAAUUAAUUAAAAUCCAAUAAAAUUAUGCCCUAGGGGAAUAUAGAGAUAGCUUAGUGGUUAAAAGUGCAUGCUUGCAAAGCCUGCUAGCCUGAGUUCAAUUCCUCCCAGAUAUUCACAUAAAGCCAGACAUAAAA